AUGAUUCUUCUUGCUGUGCUUUUUCUCUGCUUCAUUUCCUCAUAUUCAGCCUCUGUUAAAGGUCACACAACCGGUCUCUCAUUAAAUAAUGACCGUCUGUACAAACUCACAUAUUCCACUGAAGUUCUUCUUGAUCGGGGCAAAGGAAAACUCCAAGACAGUGUAGGCUACCGAAUUUCAUCUAAUGUGGAUGUCGUCUUACUGUGGAGGAAUCCUGAUGGCGAUGAUGACCAACUGAUCCAAAUCACAAUGAAAGACGUAAAUGUUGAAAAUGUGAAUCAGCAGAGAGGAGAGAAGAGCAUUUUCAAAGGAAAAAAUCCACCCAAAAUCAUAAGAAAGGAAAACUUGGAAGCUUUACAAAGACCUGUGCUCCUUCAUCUAAUCCAUGGAAAGGUCAAAGAGUUCUACUCAUAUGCAAAUGAGCCGGUGGCCAUAGAAAAUCUCAAAAGAGGCCUGGCUAGCCUAUUUCAGAUGCAGUUAAGCUCUGGAACCACCAAUGAGGUGGAUAUUUCUGGGGAUUGUAAGGUGACAUACCAAGCUCAUCAAGACAAAGUGAUCAAAAUUAAGGCCUUGGAUUCAUGCAAAAUAGAGAGGUCUGGAUUUACAACCUCAAAUCAGGUCUUGGGUGUCACUUCAAAAGCCACGUCUGUCACUACCUAUAAGAUAGAAGACAGCUUUGUUAUAGCUGUGCUUGCAGAAGAGACACAUGCUUUUCGGAUGAAUUCUCUACAAACCAUUGCAGGCAAAAUAAUAUCAAAGCAGAAAUUGGAGCUGAAGACCACUGAAGCAGGCCCAAGACUGAUGUCUGGAAAGCAGGUUGCAGCCAUAAUUAAAGCAGUUGAUUCAGAGUACAAGGCCCUUCCCAUUGUGGGACAGGACUUCCAGAGCAAGUGUAAAAGAUGCCCUUCUCUCUCGGAGCACUGGCAGUCUACCAGAAAACACCUGCAGCCUGACAACCUCUCUAAAGCUGAGGCUGUCAGAAGCUUCCUGGCCUUCAUUCAGCACCUCAGGACUGCGACUAGAGAAGAGAUCCUCCAGAUCUUAAAGGCUGAAAACAAGGAAGUAUUACCUCAACUGGUGGAUGCUGUCACCUCCGCUCAGACCUCAGACUCAUUAGAUGCCAUUUUGGACUUUCUGGAUUUCAAAAGUGACAGUAGCAUUAUCCUCCAGGAGAGGUUUCUCUAUGCCUGUGGAUUUGCCUCCCAUCCCAAUGAAGAACUCCUGAGAGGCCUCAUUAGUAAGUUCAAAGGUUCCUUUGCGAGCAACGACAUUAGAGAAACUGUUAUGAUCAUCAUUGGGGCCCUCGUCAAGAAGUUGUGUCAGAAUGAAGGCUGCAAACUCAAAGCAGUGGUAGAAGCCAAGAAAUUAAUCCUAGGAGGACUUGAAAGAGCAGAGAAAAAAGAGGACACCAUGAUGUACCUAUUGGCUCUGAAGAAUGCUCUGCUGCCGGAAGGCAUCCCACUCCUUCUGAAGUUUGCAGAGGCUGGAGAAGGGCCUGUCAGCCACCUCGCUACCACCGCUCUCCAGAGAUACGAUGUCUCUUUCAUAACUGAUGAGGUCAAGAAGACUUUGAACAGGAUAUACCACCAGAAUCGUAAAGUUCAUGAAAAGACUGUGCGCACUACUGCAGCUGCUAUCAUUUUAAAUAACAAUCCAUCCUACAUGGAAGUAAAAAACAUUCUUCUCUCUAUUGGGGAGCUUCCCAAAGAAAUGAAUAAAUACAUGCUCACUCUUGUUCAAGACAUCCUACGUUUUGAAAUGCCUGCAAGCAAAAUGGUCCGUAGAGUUCUGAAGGAAAUGGUUGCUCAUAAUUAUGACCGCUUCUCCAAGAGUGGAUCCUCUUCUGCCUAUACUGGCUACAUAGAACGUACUCCCCAUUCAGCAUCUACUUACAGCCUUGACAUUCUUUACUCUGGUUCUGGCAUUCUAAGGAGAAGUAACCUGAACAUCUUUCAGUACAUUGGGAAGGCUCAUCUUCACAGUAGCCAGGUAGUCAUCGAAGCCCAAGGCCUGGAGGCCUUGAUUGCGGCCACUCCCGACGAGGGGGAGGAGAACCUCGACUCCUACGCAGGCAUGUCAGCCAUCCUCUUUGAUGUUCAGCUCAGACCUGUCACUUUUUUCAAUGGAUACAGUGAUUUGAUGUCCAAAAUGUUGUCGGCAUCUGGUGACCCUAUCAGUGUGGUGAAGGGACUUAUUCUGUUGAUAGAUCAUUCCCAGGAGCUUCAGUUGCAAUCUGGACUAAAGGCCAAUAUGGAUGUCCAGGGUGGCUUAGCUAUUGACAUUUCAGGUGCAAUGGAGUUUAGCCUGUGGUAUCGUGAGUCUAAAACCCGAGUGAAAACUCGGGUGGCUCUGGCAAUAACUGGCAGCAUCACUGUAGACUCCUCUUUUGUGAAAGCUGGCCUGGAGAUCAGCACAGAAACAGAAACAGGCCUGGAGUUUAUCUCCACGGUGCAGUUUUCUCAGUACCCGUUCUUAGUUUGCAUGCAGAUGGACAAGGAUGGAGCUCCACUUAGGCAAUUUGAGACCAAGUAUGAAAGACUGUCCACAGGCAGAGGUUACGUCUCUCGGAGAAGAAAAGAAAGCCUCAUAGCAGGAUCUGAAUUCCCUCUCCACCAAGAGAACUCGGAGAUGUGCAAGGUGGUGUUUGCUCCUGAGCCAGCAAGUACUUCUAGCGGUUGGUUCUGA